GCGCGGAAGAUGGCGGCCGUUGCGUGAUGCGUGUAAAGAAGACUCGUACUUGGAUUUAGUGGAAAACAUGAAAGAACUGCGGUAAGGUGCGUAAACACGCGCGAGACGCGACCGGUCGUACAGGCGCCGUUGUAAGAACGACCCACUCACCUACCCGCGUCAGAUCUCGACGCGAUCGCGGCAGUGUUGACGAAAUUUGUUUACGAUAAGCGGCGACGAGAGAAGAGGCUCUGUCUCUAAAUGGUUUUCGGCUGUCGUCGGUCGUCGCCGUCGCGAUUCUAGACACCGGCGGUCCCCGCAGGUAUCGCGAUUGCUGGCGAUUGCUCGCGGCGUCGCGGCUCGCGACGACGACUCGCGAGUCCAAGUCAAGCGCAUCUCUCCUGCAGUGAGCGGUGGGGAAGAAAAAUUGGAGCAUAAACCCGCUACGGACACAUCCGACACUGGAGAUUAAGUGUUGCCGGACUUCGGCCCGGUGAGAAGAGCAGUAGAGAUGCUGAAGCAAUUGCAGAUGGGGAUGAGAGCUUUCCUCUUAAUGGCCUCCCGUGUGUGGACCUGCAUCUGCUUUCUACUCAAGAAGCAGGUUAGAGCCAUCUCACAGCUGCAACCAGUCAAAUAUGAGAUCUUCCCACUUUCACCUUUAUCUAGGCACAGACUUAGUAUAGUUAAGAGAAAAGUAUUAGUACUGGAUUUAGACGAAACCUUAAUUCACUCUCAUCACGAUGGAGUAGCAAGGCCAACUGUCAGGCCUGGUACACCUCCAGAUUUUGUUCUUAAAGUGACGAUAGACAGACAUCCUGUUAGAUUUUUCGUCCAUAAAAGACCACACGUAGAUUUUUUCUUGGAUAUUGUUAGUCAGUGGUACGAGCUAGUAGUUUUUACUGCAUCCAUGGAAAUAUAUGGGGCAGCAGUUGCAGAUAAAUUAGAUAAUAACAGAGGUAUUUUAAGGCGCAGAUAUUAUAGACAACAUUGUACGCCAGAAAUGGGUUCCUACACCAAGGAUUUAUCAGCAAUCUGUUCAGAUCUCUCUUCAGUCUUUAUUCUUGAUAACAGCCCAGGAGCUUAUAGAGCCUAUCCACACAACGCGAUACCCAUAAAAUCAUGGUUCAGCGAUGCGGGAGACACUGCUUUGUUAAGCUUACUUCCAGUCUUGGACGCUCUUCGUUUCACACAAGAUGUACGAUCAGUUCUUUCAAGAAAUUUACACUUACAUCAUACUUGGUAGCAUAGCCGAGAUUAAAUAAUAUACUAGAUAUUCUAGAGUUGAAACUAUUAGUAGUUUCAGUUAGUGUGUCUAGCCUAGGAUUAUUAUUGUUAUUAAUUAAUAGCAACAUUAGGUCGCUGCCCUAUAAUGAGAGCCCUCCCCCUUCUUCAGUCUUUCUUUUUCUAUACUCGAACGAACAGCGGCGAGUAAAUACCGAAGGGAAUGGUAUUUAGCCAAUGUAUAAUUAAGCACAAAGCAUCCUAGGAUAAUUCUUUACGUUGUACAGUCCAUGUGUGCAAAAUCAUAAAGCAAUUUUUUUUUACUUUUUCUGUAAGCCUUUGCCAAAGAUCAAGGUAUGAAAAUAAGAUAGAACCGCACUAGCCAGCAGGAUUUUUUAUUUUAGGUAUACUUAAAAUUUUUAUUUAUAUAUUUUGGCAGCAACAUUAUGGAAGAUGAAUCAUUGAAAUAAAGUACUUUUGUUAUUGUAUAUUAUUAACCUAGGAUGUAUAGAGUGAGAGU